AUGGCACAGGGUUCAAGUAGACGGCUUGAAGAGCUGCCAGUGGAGCUGCUUGAAGCCAUUCUCGCUGCCGCGCCAGACAUUACGACCCUGGAGGCCGCCGCUAUGACCGGACCAUGUCUGUAUAACGCUUUCAAAGGAGCAGAAGAAUUCAUCGUACGACCAGUCUUGCUACGCCAGUUUGAUCCCUCCCUGAUUCAUGAUGUCCUAGCGACCCACGCAUCCAACAAAAUUGACCAUCAGUCAACCGAAGAAGUCGAAACCUUCAUGGUGCCAUACCUUGCACGCGAUCAACAUUAUUUCGAAGCCUCUAUGAAUUGGAGGCUCUCUGAGGCUCUCUUGAUCGAUCGACUCGAUGAGGCCGUGAAGUAUUUGGUUGAUCGAUUGGCUGCAGAGGCUCUACCAGUACCUUCUACUUCAGACAGCCAGAACCUCUCCUCAUUUUUACCGCCCUCCAAGACAGAGAGAAACCGGAUUAGCCGAAGUCUGUACCGGUUUCAUGCAAACUGCAACCUACAGCAAGAGUGGGACGCUAUAGCAGCGCGUUCGGCAGGCUUUGCACCAUGGGAAAACGAACAACUAUACAGCAUCUAUGACUUCUUAAUGCGCAUGGUUAAGCAAGUUAUUGAGGACCCUAAUCUUCGCUCAAAUUGGCCGCAAUAUAUCUCCCAGGUUUCAGAUACAGCCUUUCAUAACUAUCUCCAGUUUCACCUAUCAUUGGGUCUUACUCAUGUGCGGCGGUUCGCCCUUCAGAAUGAAAAACAGUUGCAACAGAUCGUGCACGUAACACGCGCAACACCACGAAUUGAUCAACAACUCAGUUUUCUCUAUAAUGGGUUACAUCCGGUGUCACGGUGGCCACCCUUGGAACAUGCACUUGGAGACUUCGAUGCCGAGGACGAAAAAAAGUACAUCCCCCAGCCAUGGUACCACGACCCGGACAGCGGGCCAGAAGACAUCUGGCGCUGGGCCCAUCGAGAUGAAGAGGCAGGAGGCUUUGUUGGUAACUUUGAUCAGGCUGUGCUCCGUCAGUGGGCAUAUGUGAUGUGGGAUCGAGGCCGAAUUGACGGAUGGUUUGUUUUUAUCAGACCGUGGGUGUCAACUUCUCGAAGGUAUUUGGAACGUCUAGGACAAGACUCAGAUGAGCUCCUUUCUGAUGGCCUCGAGCCGGAGAUGAGAGAGCGGCUCCUUCUUCGUCACCGUAGAAUCGGCCUGAAUUUAUAUGACCCAGAGACCUGGGCUUGCAGGGUUAGGACGAUUACGGGGGUCUCUUGA